AUGUCCGAGCCACCAGCUAAGAGAUGUAAAUUGAGCAAAGAUGAGAGAAAGAAACAGAUUGAGCCUUUGGCAGAAAGUGGAUGGGAAAUGGUAGAAGGUAGAGAUGCAAUGAAGAAACAGUUUUUAUUCAAAGACUUUAACGAAGCGUUUGGAUUCAUGAGCAGGAUCGCUCUGAAAGCUGAACAAAUGAAUCAUCACCCAGAAUGGUUUAAUGUUUACAACAAAGUAGACGUCACUUUAAGCACCCACGAUUGUGGUGGCCUUUCAUCGAAUGAUGUUGAACUGGCAAACUUUAUGAAUAAAGUUGAAUCUUACUUCAAGUGA